GAAGUGAGCAGCUUCAUGGUAAUAAAACAAAAAAUAUUAAAACAAAAGGAGAAUUGACUCACCAGAACUAAGGCACUAACAUUACCUAAUAAUAACAACAUCAACUGAUACCACUGGCAACGCUAUACACGAUCUUCAAAAGAGAGACUGAGUCAGCAGUGGUAGACACAUUUGUCCAUUAUCCUAAUCGCCAAAUAGGUGAACAUUCAGCUAUUUGCUUAGUCCGACCUCGGUAAAAUGUUCGCCUUUACGAAGGCCAUCGCCUUAUGGGAGUCUUGGAACUCUUUCUUGGUGCCGUUGUAUGUUAUAUGGAGCUGGGCAGGAAAAGCCACACCAUACCGAAAGUCAGUGUAAAUGUCCUGUGUGUAGCUGGUGUAGAGAGUCAGGCGCAGGACAGCAGAUAUGAGUAAUCAACGUACUUUACUCAAAAAAGACAAAUUUACAAAGUAACAUCAUGAGCCCACAAAGACGGACCGAAUUACAAUCAACAAUCACAAACACAACAUGGGGAAUAGAGGGUUAUAUAAUAAACAAGUAAUUAGUUGAGUGAAGCCAGGUGUGAUAAGACAAAGACAGAACAAAUGGAAAAUGAAAAGUGGAUCGGCGGUGGCUAGAAAUGCGGUGAUGUCGAACACCGCCUGAACAAGGAGAGAACAAGGCGGAAGUCGUGACAGUCGGUUUGGUAUGGAGCUGACUCUUAACAUCGUUGAAAGCCUCAUGGUAACAAGCAACGCUGGGGGCAUAGUCUUGGAAGAUAGAGAUGGGUGCUCCGUUGCAUCGAAGUGGGCCAAAUUCUCUGGCAUGCCGAAGAACAUUAAUACAAUCCUGAAGUAGUGUAGUUUAACCUCAAUUACACAAAGGUUUUCCCCCGGGCUUUCUUGCUUGAGAGCCCCGAUGUGUGCGGUCUACAAGGACGUCUUUAUCCAUUUGGAUGGCUUCCUUCAAUAACUUGAGACCGAUAAAGUCCUCUACUACCCCCAUGAUCCUGACAUUGGAUCUUCGCAAACAACCUUGUAAAUGGUUUGGCCAUCUAAAUGUGGCCCACAUCCUGCUGGAGAACGGGGCGGAGAUGAACGGCAGGAACCGGAUGGGGGCCAGCGUGUUGACUAUGGCGGCCAGAGGGGGCCACACCCAUGUGGCCAAGCUCCUCCUGGAGAGCGGCGCCUACGUCGACGACUAUGACCACCUGGCGCUCGCUGAGGGUGUCACCAACAGCAACAACAGCGUCGGAGACGAGGGUGGAAGGGAGUUCAUGGAUAUCACGGCGCUCCUUGCUGCCUCACAGCAUGGCCACGAGGCAUCCGUUCGCCUGCUCCUGGAGUGGGGGGCGGAGGUGAACUUUUCCCAGAAGACCACGGGCUGGGGUGCCCUCAUGCUGGCCACGCUGAGCGGGAAGGUGGUCGUGGCCCAGCAGCUGGUGGAGCGGGGUGCGGACCCGGACCAGGUCAACGUGCUGGCCAAGACUGCCUUCGAGCUAUCGCUGCAGCUCAAUCAGAGGGAUGUCAAGGCCUACCUGGACUCCAUUACCACCGUGCGCCCACAGCCAGAUGACGAGAAGAGGAGACCAGAUGUUUUCAGUGCCUUGAAGUUAGGAAACUCCCAGCUGGUGAAGGAGAUCUUGGAGGAAGAUCCAUCCCAGGUGAACAUGGCCAACCCGGACGGGGCGUCUCCCCUGAUGAUCGCAGCCGUCAGUGGGCAGCUGGAGGUGGUGCAGCUCCUGCUGGAGAAGAGCGCCGACGUGGACAAACAAGAUGGAGUACACGGCUGGACGGCCCUCAUGCAGGCCACGUACCAUGGGAAUAAAGAUGUGGUGAAGUAUCUGCUUAGUCAGGGUGCAGAUGUCAACCUGCGAGCCAAGAAUGGCUACACUGCUUUUGACCUGGUCAUGCUGCUGAAUGACCCAGACACUGAGCUGGUGAGGUUGUUGGCGUCCGUCUGCAUGCAGGUGGACAAAGACAAGGGAAAACACAGGGGCAGGACUCCCCUCACUGGCUCCAAGAGCAGGCAGUCUCUUAAUAAUGUCCCCGUACCACCUGAUGACAGAGGAGGAUUAAAGUCGUGGUGGAACAGGAUGUCUAACAGGUUCAGGAGGCUUAAGCUGACCCACACUCUAAGACACGGGCUAUCCUCCAACCGCCUGGCCCCCUUCCCUGAUGAACCUGAGGCACCUCUAGACGCCACCAUGAAGGCUGAGAGGAAGAGUGCCACCCCGUGCGGGGUGGUGUCACCCCCUGCAGCCAUGGGGAGUACUGACAGCAGCACGGCCUGGACAGCCAAGAGCAAAGACAGUGGUCUUGGCAGAACGGGCACAGAGAAGGAUGACUUUCUAAUAACCACAAUGCUGAGAAAUGGGGCGCCGCUGACCCGUCUGCCCAACGACAAGCUGAAGGCAGUGAUCCCACCCUUUCUGCCCCCGUCGAACUUUGAGCCGUGGAACUCAGACCGCUCCAGGGUCAUCAAAGAGGGCAAGAGCGAAGCCUCACGGCUGCCCAUGCCACAGAGACCAGGCAAAGCCAACUUCAACAGCAGCGGCAACUCUGACAUUACCUCUAUCAGUCGUGUGGUGAGCAGGUCCAUUAAGUUCCCCAGCCUCACCAAGGGCCCCUCAUCCACCUCCCCCUCCAACUCAGGCAACUACCACUCCCCCCACUCCUCAGGUGGCUCCAACGGGGUGGCAGGGCUCAACCGCCACGGGCCAGACUCACACAACCGCUCAGGGGGCAGUUCAGACAGCGUCCUGUCACAAAUUGCUGCCCAGAGGAAGAGAGCUGCAGGCCUGUUGGAUCCAAAGGCCCAGGCAGCAGAGGUGCCAAGCCCCACCCCUGUGCCUGCUCCUGCCCCCACCGUGCCUGACAUCAGUCUCCCAGACAUCCACAGCACCCCCAGCCUGGUGUCCAGCGACGUCCACUCCAGACGGAAAGCUGACCUAAAGAAGAGACCCCAGUCUGGGAACUCCUCUACCUCCAAGAGCACCUCUCCCACCCUGACCCCGUCUCCAUCCCCCACCCCCAAACCUCCCCCAGGGGACUCCCUGUCCUCUGCCUCCUCCCACCCGCGCUCCAAGAGCAGCGGCGGCUCCAGCAGUGGCACCAUCACCGACGAGGAUGAGCUGUCCAGUAUCCUGAAGAAACUCUCGUUGGAGAAAUACCAGCCCAUAUUCGAAGAGCAAGAGGUGGAUAUGGAGGCUUUCCUUACUCUAACAGAUGGAGAUUUAAAGGAACUGGGGAUUAAGACAGACGGGCCUAGACAACAAAUACUGGCAGCUAUUUCUGAACUCAAUGCUGGGAAGGGGAGAGAGAGGCAGAUUUUGCAGGAGACCAUCCACAACUUCCAGUCCUCCUUUGGCAGCAGUGCCAGCAACCCCAGACCGCCAGGACAGCCACGCUCUCCUACAGGCUGGGUCCGACACCAGGUGCGCACCUCCAACAAGAGGUAACAACACCACGCUGCGACUGAGGACCAACCGUAUAGGAGGUCAGAGAUGACCCUAUAGCCCAGGUGUGAGGAGACUCUACUGGACGCCAGCGUUCCAGAGCACUGCUGCGUGUGAGAGGACGCUGCAGCACAGACCCCCGAAAGGGAUCCCCAUGGGCUGGCGACCCCAUGCCCAGCGCCCUGCUGCUUACCGACAGAGCACAACGUGAUGUGCGGCCAUCAUUUAUUGCCAUGGCAACAGGGCUGUCACGCCAACUGCUGACCUAUAGGGGAGAUACAGUAGAGGAAGUGGGCGCGUACUAAGAGAGAACAGACCUAGUCAUGUCUUAAUGGAUGUGGGAGAUGAAAGCCUUUAAACUGAGAUCAAGACUUUUGGGCACUGAGGAUGUACUAUGUGAGAAGAGAACUUCAGGGACGGUUUCACAGACACAGAUUAAGCCUAGUCCUGAACUAAAAAGUACAUCAAGAGAAUCUCCAUUAAACAUGCUUCUGAUUCCAGGACUAGUCUUAAUCUGUGUCUGGGAAAUUGGCCCGUAAUGUCUUAAUGUAUUUGGGAGAUAACAUUUUGAGGCUGGGAUUAAGAUUAUCACAUGUUGAUGAUGUAAGAGGUGGGAGGAAUUCUGGUUUGCCAGAAUGAUGAGGGAAGAUUGUUUUUAUUUGUAAAAAAAAAAAAAAGUUUCCUUCUGCCUUUCUCUUUUUUUCUUCUUUACCAUUUCACUACUGUUAGUUUUGUAAUAUGCUUUCUUGUAUAAGGUUUCAUGAUUUGUGUGUGAACAAAGUAAGUCAGUUUUAGUCUGAUGAUGAAUGUGAAUGGCUGAACUGUCAUUAUUAAAACCCAUGAAAAGAU